GGAUUCACAAGGCAAAAUACAUGGAUGACGAGGAUGCUCCUCCUAAAGCCCCGGCAGAGGACAAAAAGUCUCGAGCCCGCAGCAAAUCCCGCUCCCGCGCAAUGUUUGGCAAGAAGUGAGGGGGGCAACUAUAAUGUCUGAUGAAAAUCUCUCUUCGUCUUUACCCAUCUAUACCGGAGUUUUUUGGGGUUUCGGCUGUUCUCGCAUCAAAUAUUGGGGUUGUCUUCGCAUGGAAUACUGGGAAUCUCUUCUUAUCGGCCUUUGUUUUCCCUUUUCUCUUCUAUCUCCUCCCCCUUUUCUUUUUCGCUCUUCGACCUUUUUUUUCCACCUCCUAUUCUCGGCAUAUCACUCAGUAGAGGCGGGCUCUUUUGCUACGUUACAUUCAUGUGCUUUGAAAAGCAUAUUCGAGCUUUACGACAAGCUCGUUGAUCGCCCUUCUCUUUGGAGUCCACGGCUCCAAUCUACUUCUUCUUCUUCUUCUUCUUCUUGUUUCUUCUUCAGUGACCCUUUGGAGAAAUCUUCAGUUCUUGUUACUUGUAGGGAGGGGCUUGCUUUGGUGGCUGUGGGCGUACAUAUAACUACAUUUCCUUUGUUCCUUCUCCAAUGCCGAGUCCGUAUAGAGUGCGGCUGGUUGAUUUUUUUCUUCUUCUUUUCUGGCCGGGCGUUGGGCUGUUCAAUAUAUCCAAAAAACAAAGACGUUGUGGGAACGUCUCGUAUCUAGGGGGCAAAUAAGGCGAUAACAAAGUUAUAAUCCAAUAAUUCCAACAUCAGCAGCGCCCUAUUAGUCUAUUUGUCGUCACUGUAUCAUGUGGUAGUUUGGAAUUU